CCGUGUGCAGCGGGUGAGGCCCGCGUGACGCCGGCGGCGCGUGCGCCGGGAGGGGCAGCAACCGGGCUCUCGGAGUCACUUGGAGCUGCCUACCGGGCCGUGCCGCCGCUUCGCGGCCAUGAUCCGGAACGGGCGCGGGGCGGCGGGUGGCGUCGAGCAGCCGGGCCCGGGGGGCAGGCGCCCCGUGCGGGUGUGGUGCGACGGCUGCUAUGACAUGGUGCAUUACGGCCACUCCAACCAGCUGCGCCAGGCACGGGCUAUGGGCGACUACCUCAUCGUGGGUGUGCACACUGAUGAGGAGAUUUCCAAGCACAAGGGGCCCCCAGUGUUCACUCAGGAAGAGAGGUAUAAGAUGGUGCAGGCCAUCAAGUGGGUAGAUGAGGUGGUUCCCGCAGCUCCCUACGUCACCACACUGGAGACGCUGGACAAGUACAACUGUGACUUCUGUGUUCAUGGCAAUGACAUCACCCUAACUGUAGAUGGCCGGGACACCUAUGAGGAAGUGAAGCAGGCUGGGAGGUACAGAGAGUGCAAGCGCACACAAGGUGUGUCAACCACAGACCUGGUGGGCCGCAUGCUGCUAGUGACCAAGGCCCACCACAGCAGCCAGGAGCUGACCUCUGAGUACCGGGAGUAUGCAGACAAUUUUGGCAAGUGCCCUGGGGGACGGAACCCCUGGACAGGGGUGUCCCAGUUUUUGCAGACGUCACAGAAGAUCAUUCAGUUUGCUUCUGGGAAGGAGCCACAGCCAGGGGAGACGGUCAUCUAUGUGGCCGGCGCCUUUGACCUGUUUCACAUUGGGCAUGUGGACUUCCUGGAGAAGGUGCACAGGCUGGCGGACAGGCCCUAUGUCAUCGCUGGCUUGCACUUUGACCAGGAGGUGAAUCGCUACAAGGGGAAGAACUACCCCAUCAUGAACCUGCACGAACGGACCCUGAGUGUGCUGGCCUGCCGGUAUGUGUCGGAAGUGGUGAUCGGGGCCCCAUACGCAGUCACAGGAGAGCUCCUGAGCCAUUUCAAGGUGGACUUGGUAUGCCAUGGAAAGACAGAAAUCGUGCCUGACAGGGAUGGCUCUGAUCCGUACCAGGAGCCCAAGAAAAGAGGCAUCUUCCAUCAGAUAGACAGUGGCAAUGACCUCACCACGGAUCUAAUUGUCCAGAGGAUUAUCAAGAACAGGUUAGAGUACGAGGCGAGAAAUCAGAAGAAAGAAGCCAAGGAGCUGGCCUUCCUGGAGGCCAUGAGGCAGCAGGAGGCACAGCCCUCAGAGGAGAACCACAGCAACUUCUGAUCUAAGGGCAGUCAUGGAGCGCCCCCCCGACCAGCCCACCCUCCCCUGCCCUUCUUUUGUGUAUUGGGGUUUAGCUCUCACCAUUCUUCAGGAAAUCACAGUGCUGCCCUCUUUGGGUGGUCUGGCUUGCAGGUGGAGGGGGCCUGGCAGGGACUCAGCCUCCCACCUGCCUGCAAGGUGCCUGUUUUAUAGCAGGCUAUCAGCCCUCACCUCUAAGCUGCCCAGAGAGGGCAUUCAGCAAGGGGAGCAUCCCAGCAGGCAGGAUGAGCACAGGUGGCCUGCACAUCUGGUGGCUUCCAUCCUGUUUUAACCGCCCCUCCCCUGCCCAGCCCCAGGAAUCUCCCUCAGGCUACAUAUACCCUUCUGCCAGGGCAGGAGGCCAUACUGCCAGCCCACCCAGCUUUGGUGGGAAGUCCAGUGGAGAUGGUUUCAGGGAGCAGUGAUGGGGGGGGCCUUUCCUUGGGGUACAGCCCAUACUACCUCCCAAGGGGGUACCCUCUGCCCUGUGGCUUGUCCCACCCACCAUGGGGAACACCCCACCCCCACCCAGCUUUGCUGCUCUCCACACAGACCACUCUGUUGUGUACCUAACAGUUGCUGUAUCUCUCCAGUAUAGUGGUUCUCAACCUUCCUAAUGCCGCGGCCCUUUAAUAUAGUUAUGGGUCAUGACCCACAGGUUGAGAAGUGCUGCUCCAGUACAAUGAAUAAAGCCUGACAGGCCAUGCUGGAAAGGA